AUGGAUCGUCGCACCAUGCACAAGGUGGAACAAAUCCUGUCAGAGUUCCUGCUGAAAAAAGAGGAACUGAAGGAAGUGAUGAGGCGAAUGCAACAUGAAAUGGAUCGUGGGCUGCGUUUGGAGACACACGACAAGGCCAGCGUGAAGAUGUUGCCCACUUACGUGCGCUCCACCCCAGAGGGUUCAGAGGUGGGGGAUUUCUUGGCCCUGGACCUUGGAGGGACAAAUUUCCGGGUGAUGCUGGUGAAGGUGGGAGAGGAUGAGGAAAGGGGCUGGAAGGUGGAGACGAAGCACCAGAUGUACUCCAUCCCAGAGGAUGCCAUGACGGGCACAGCAGAAAUGCUCUUUGACUACGUUGCUGAGUGCAUCUCAGACUUUCUGACCAAGCACCACCUUAAGCACAAGAAGCUGCCCCUAGGCUUCACCUUCUCCUUCCCCGUACGUCACGAGGACAUAGAUAAGGGAAUCCUGCUGAAUUGGACCAAAGGUUUCAAGGCCUCCGGGGCUGAAGGCAACAACGUGGUGGGCUUGCUCCGGGAUGCCAUCAAAAGGAGAGGGGACUUUGAGAUGGAUGUUGUUGCGAUGGUAAACGACACAGUGGCCACAAUGAUUUCCUGUUACUACGAGGACCGUAGCUGUGAGGUUGGGAUGAUUGUAGGGACAGGUUGCAAUGCGUGCUACAUGGAGGAGAUGCGCACGGUGGAGCUAGUGGAGGGGGAGGAGGGGCGCAUGUGUGUGAACACCGAAUGGGGAGCUUUUGGAGGUAACGGCGAGCUGGAGGAGUUCCGCCUUGAGUACGACAGGGUGGUGGACGAGAUGUCACUCAAUCCAGGCCAGCAGCUGUGA